UCUCUGAGAGAGAGACAGAGAGAGAGAGAGAGAGACGAGAGAGAGAUGGAGGAAGAGGGGGAUCCGCAGAGGCUGAAGAAGAUCGCGGCGGCGGCGUACGAGUACGAGAACGAUCCUCGAUGGAAGGACUACUGGGCCAACGUCCUCAUCCCUCCCCAUAUGGCCUCUCGAACCGAUGUUCGCGAUCACUUCAAGCGCAAGUUCUACCAGCGCCACAUCGAUCCCGGUUUGGUUGUGGAGCCGAUGGCGCCGAGCAGUUCAUCCCAGCCGACGAGGGCUUCAACAACAUCUUCAUCUACUCCGGCCAAUGAAAACUCAAGGCCUCGCAGCACUGGGCCUAGUGCUGGGUCUGGAACAUCAUCAGCGUCUACAAGGAACACAACUCCGCAACGAUUGGAUCGGCGGAGCAUUCAUUUCUCUGCCAAUGCUUGGGUUUUAGUUGUUUCUGUUCUUGGACUUCUUCCCCUUGUGCCAAGAAAUAUUUCAAACAAGGCUUACCGUUUAUCCUUGCUGGGCACCACAUGUUCUUCAUUGUAUUCAAUAUACACUCUCCAUGGGAAACCCAGUGGAUGGAAUAUGCCCGCCAUUCAAACAUGGCUUCAAUCUGUAGUUGCGGCCAAGGACUUUAUACCUUUCCUCUACUCAUUAAUGUUUGUUUCAUCUCAACUACACUUUUAAAUGUAAGGGCAUUUUGCUUUGAUACCUGUCCUUUGCUGGGCACUAGAGCAUGUUGCCAAGUUUCUUAGGCGGAAUUUCUCAAAUUCCACGCUAUACCGGAAAUAUUUGGAUGAACCUUGUUCGUGGGUAGAAGCGAACAUCACUACACUCAACAUCCUAAGUUCAAAUGUGGAGAUAGCUUUGGGAUUCCUGCUUAUUGUCUCCUUGUUCUCGUGGCAGCGCAAUAUCAUUCAAACUUUCAUGUACUGGCAGCUACUGAAGCUCAUGUAUCAUUCUCCUGCCACCGCCGGCUAUCACCAGAGUGUGUGGGGGAAAAUCGGUCGGACUGUAACCCCAUACAUUCAUCAACAUGCCCCUUUCUUGAAUGGUGCAGUAUCAGCAAUUCAACGAUGGUGGUUAAGGUAGUAGAAGAUAUCUUAAAACACAGACUGCUACCUAUAAUACAUGGUCAUUUAAAAGACACUUUCUUUAAGGGGUCAAUUUGGCGUUGUUAUAACAAGUUGGAUUCUGGCAAAGCAUUUUAUUUUUAUUUUUUUCUGUAUUCACUGCUUGCUAUCAAGAAAACAGAUGCAAACUCUAUUAGUUAUUAUUAGACACAAUGUCUCAUUUAUUCACACUUCUGCUCA